CCCAAAUUCCGAAAUCGAAUUCUCAACCCAAAAGUUUCCCAACCCUAAAAUUUACCCUCUCAAUUCUGAUGGCCCCCAAAGCAGAGAAGAAGCCCGCUGAGAAGAAGCCGGCCGAGAAGGCCCCGGCAGAGAAAGCCCCGGCGGAGAAGAAGCCCAAGGCCGGUAAGAAGCUUCCCAAGGAGGCCGGAGCGGCAGCCGGAGACAAGAAGAAGAAGAGGAACAAGAAGAGCGUGGAGACCUACAAGAUCUACAUCUUCAAGGUCCUCAAGCAGGUCCACCCAGACAUUGGGAUCUCCAGCAAGGCCAUGGGCAUCAUGAACAGCUUCAUCAACGACAUCUUUGAGAAGCUUGCUCAGGAGUCGUCCAAGCUCGCAAGGUACAACAAGAAGCCGACUAUCACUUCUCGGGAGAUCCAGACUGCUGUGAGGCUUGUGCUUCCUGGAGAACUGGCCAAGCACGCUGUUUCUGAGGGGACUAAGGCUGUGACAAAGUUCACUAGCUCUUGAAGUACUGUGGGGUUUUAAAUUGGCGUAGUAUUCUAUUUGUUAUCUGUCUAGGUUUAGGGUUUAAAUCAAUUAGUGGAUAUGUAAUCGCUCUCAAUUUUCCAUGAAAUGAAAGACGAGUGUUUAUA